AUGGAAAAUUCGCAAGAUGCAGAUUUUGUUACAUUCAUGCAGGGACUAGAAGACGAGUGGGCAAAACUAGAAAUGAACUUAAAUAAAGCAAGAGAAAGAUGGAUACAAGAAGUUAAUAAAGAAUGGUCCAACUGGAUCCGCUCAGUAGAAAAUAAAUGGUCACAGUAUAGUAAAGUUCCAAAAAAGACAGAAAACCCUACAACCUUCAGAAAACAAGAUGCCGGCAACAAUAAAUGGAAAAAGUGGUUUAAAAUGGAAGCAAAAUCUAAAAAUGAUGCACAAUUGAAAAAAGGUCCGGAAGAUGCUACUCCUCCCGAGUAA